GCACCGCUUUGCCGCCUCCCUGGUGGUGUCACCGCCGGGUGCGCGCGAUCCCGUGGACCCCCGGGGUCUGCGUCACCACCAUCCGCACCACCACCAUCACCACCACCACCAUCACCAACGGCACAGCGAGGACAGCGGCUCGGACGGUGGCUCGCCCAAGAAAGACGUGGACAGCGACGACGUGUGCGGCGGCGGCGGCAGCAAGCGGCGGCGGUCGCGCACCAACUUCAACAGCUGGCAGCUGGAGGAGCUGGAGAGGGCCUUCCUCGCCUCCCACUACCCCGACGUCUUCAUGCGGGAGGCGCUCGCCAUGCGCCUCGACCUCAAGGAGUCGCGCGUCGCCGUGUGGUUCCAGAACCGGCGCGCCAAGUGGCGCAAGAAGGAGCACACGAAGAAGGGCCCGGGCCGGCCGGCGCACAACGCGCACCCGCAGACGUGCAGCGGGGAGCCCAUCCCGGAGGAGGAGCUGCGGCGCAAGGAGCGCGAGCGGCGCGAGAAGAAGCUGCUCAAGUCGCUGGAGCGCCAGCAGCGCAAGCUGGCCGCCAAGGGCGUCGCCGUCGACCUGGACACGCUGCGGCGCGAGUGGGAGGCCCAGCAGCAGCAACAGCAGCAGCAGGCGGGGGGCGGCGGCUGCCGCAAGGUGGCGGGGGCGGCGGCGGCCGCGGCGGCGGCGGCAGCGGCGGCGGUGUCGCGCCACCAGCUUCUGUCGGCGCACGACUCGUCCAGCUGCUGCAGCAGCACCAACGCCUCCACGGCGACGGCCCGCGACGUCGAGAUCGACGUGGUGGGCGACCCCUCCGAGGACGAGUCGGCCGCCCACGCAGACCAGCCGCAGUUCGACUCCCCUAACUCCCACGCCACCCGACCGGAAGACUACGGCUCCUUCCAGCCGUUCCAGCAACAGCAGUUCCACCACCAGCAGCAGCCGCUGGACGUCCCCAAGUCGCCGUCACCGCCCGCGUCCAGCGACGCGGCCAAGCAGCGCAGGCCCAACCCGUUCAGUAUCGAGUCGCUGCUGUCGCGACCCGACGAUCGACACCUGCGGCACACACCCCCGGCGCCGACGCCGCCCCCACGCGACGCCGGGACGCUGUGCAGGCCGGCGCCCGUCUCGCUGAGCGGCGGCGUCCUCAUCGGCAGCAGGACGCCGCCCACCGGCUGCUUCAGCCACCUCAUCACUGGCUAGCGACGCGCCGGCCUCUCCACCAGCGCACAUCGACACCUGUCUGACAGACAUCAGCUAUCACUGUAGCUUCCAGACUAACAUCUAAUCGGACCUCUAACAUCGUAUGCGUUUUUCGAAAACGGAAAAUCUGAAUUAUGCUUUUCCUGAAAAGUCAUGAAACGACGGACUGGUUUUAGCUUACGAGACGGUUCUGAUAAAUCUUUAGCUGCAGACAUAGCUUGCUGAUCACCGAAGUUAAGCACUAUUGGGCAGGGCUAGCACAGCACGGGUCUUCGGAGCACCGUUGACAAGCAGGAUGCACUCGGACCUUAUGAGGCCAAUUGAAGAGCUGUUGACUUAGAAGUCGCAGAUCCGGUCACGAAAGCUGACAACAAAUGGAAUAGUGGUGUGCUGACCACAUGCCCCUCAUAUUAGUAUCCAGCAGCGCCUGUGAGCUAGGGAUGACACUUCGGUCGGUCGGUACUGUUGGACCGUCUGAGUCCUCUUCCGAUGGAGACAUAGUUUACGGAUUCAAAGUCCUAGAGUACUGGACGUUUCGACCACUCUGCUUGGACCAUCUUCAGCAUCCGCUCUGCAACCAGCGAAAUCGGAAUAAUCCCAAGCAGUAAGACUUCGUUUCCGUUAAUAGGAGGUGUAAGAGAAAAGUAAUGAGACAGAUUCUUUAUCUACCAAAGUUUUUAUUUAU